AGUCGCGCUGGUCGAUUCUCGAAGCCAAGCCAAACCAAUUAAUUAUUUCUAUGAAUAGCAAAGAUCUUUUCGCAAAGUCAUGAUGGUCACGUUUGUCUUCAUAUAGUGCAGCAGCUAUCAUAAUUCUCUCUUUAAACAUACAAUGAUAUCUUCAUAACCUGCAAACAUGUGGAUUCUACCUCUUGUUGGGUAUCUUGGCUCCAUCGUGGGCUUCUGCUUCUUGACGCUAGCCAUAGCUUCCGGACUAUACUAUCUAUCGGAGCUCGUCGAGGAGCAUACAGUUAUCGCGAAACGACUUCUAACCAGACUUAUCUAUUUCGUCAUAGGCCUACAGCUCAUACUCUGCCUUAUUGAUGGGUUCCCCUUUGUGUUAACCCUAAUGGGUAUUGUAUCGCACGUCGUAUACUUGGGUAACAUGCGACGCUUCCCUUUCGUCAAGCUGUCAGAUCCGUUGUUCAUUACCUCAUGCGUGCUGGUCCUUGUCAACCAUUACUUUUGGUUUCAAUAUUUCUCCGAGGCGCAGCAACGGUCCUACUCACGCAUGUCCUCCAUGUACGACCAGCCAGACAUUCCAAGCUUCACGGAAAUUGCCUCCUACUUCGGGCUAUGCGUCUGGCUUAUCCCCUUCGCAUUAUUCGUCAGUCUAUCCGCUAGCGAUAAUGUGUUGCCUACGAUCGGGACCGAACAACCCUCGCAUGACGGUAGCGAUGGAAAGAACAAGCGACAGGGCAUGGUGAAAGUGAUAGUCGAUAAUGUACUCUCGGGUAUCGGAGAAGUUACCCGGUUGGCAGGCUGGAAAAAGCCGGAGGACCGCUUCUAAGCCCAUUACAGUAUCCAAUUCAAAUAGGUAAUAAUAUGUAUAUAUGUAUAAUAUUCUUCACUCAAUUGAGUGAGGAAUUGUUAUUUUGGUCUGUGUGAGCUCUAGGCAUGUAUGCAUCUAUAACCGCCAAUACUAUGCUCCAGAGCAUAUCGCAUAU